AUGGACGGCCAGCGGCGCCGACACAGGUCCUCGACAGCUGCCUCCCGGCACAAUCCAAUAUACAAUCAGCUUCUCUCCGAGCUGCAUGCUCUCAUUGACGACCUCACGAAAGCCGGUGACCUCGUCGAGCCCUCCGCGACCACCCUCCAAACCCAGAGCACCGCGCUUCGCCACAUCCGCCAGCUGCUGAUAGACUCCCCCGAGAAGACUCAGGCCAGAGACGCCUUCCGCCAUGUGAAGGGCUUCUCCGUCCUGAUAUCCACAAUCCGGUCCCUAUCCAGCUACUAUGAUCCCUCGAAGCGAUCCCCAGAAGAGCGCGCCGAGCUGCUCGAGGUUAUAAAGGCUGCUCUGGACGUGCUCUCCGAAGCGCUCAGCGAGCAUCCGGGCAAUCGCAGAUACUUCGCGAAAAGGGCCGAAGAUGGCGGAUGGAGUGCCCUCGAGCAGGCACUGGGUAGUACUGGUGUCUUUGGCAUGCAUCGUGAGAGUCAACCGGAUGACGGGGCGCAAGAGCAGCUAUUUGGUUAUCUGUUUGCCUUUGCUCUAGGAGAAGAGACUAUGACGCGCAUCUUCCGGAACAUUAGCGCUUUUGAAAGCAGCCAUGCAGAUGCGCCACAGCCACAGCCGCGAGCUCAGGUAGAAAGCGAUGCUGUUAGCCGUCCUGCCAUCCAGACCGAUGGAUCCCCUGCGACCUCUGACCCGCAAGUGGACUCACUUCGGAGCCAGAUACGGAGUGUGUUCAGCGGCAACGAACUGCUUCAGAACGCAGAUAUGCUUCCUAUAGUUCUAGGCUUCUGGGCCAUGCUCGCGGGUGACCACGUCUCCAGCAGCAACGCGUCUCCUUUGUCCAUCUCGGUACUCCUGGCCAUCCAGGAAAUUAUAGAUAUAUCCACUCACAACAAGGCUAUGGGACACAUUACGGGCAUUUUGUCCGUGAUAUUACAUUUGUUGUUCGAAAGGAGCUUUCCUAGUCCUAUUAGCAGCCUCCUACGAGGUCUUGCCGAUAGCUUGAUAGGAUUUGGCAUCAACCAGUUGGAAGACGCAUAUUACCUCUUCCGACAGUCGUCCGUCUCGGACCUCGCUGCAGAGUUCCUCCUUCAAGGCAUGCGGACUUCUCGCGGGCCACCUUUCAUACAAUUUGACCUCUCUUUACAAGGCUACAGUGCUAUUGAGCUUGCAGAUCUUGGUCGGCCAUUCCCUCCAGCUGCUGCUGGUGGAGGAUACACAUUCACGGCCUGGAUCCGUGUAGACAAAUAUGACAGCGAUUGCCAUACCACCAUUUUCGGAGCUUAUGAUACCACCCAGACAUGUUUCGUCAUGGCUUACCUUGAGAAGGACACUCGUCGAUUCAUCCUGCAGACUUCCAUGCCGACAUCUGCAAAGGCAUCCCGGCUGCCUAGCAUCCGCUUCAAGAACUCAAGUGUCUUGAAGGAGGGUUCAUGGUACCAUGUCGCCGUGGUUCACCGACGUCCCAGUGCGAAAACGAUGGGCAUCGGCUCCGCCCAUGCUUCCUUAUACCUCAACGGCGAGUUUACUGAAGCUAUGAAAUGCCAGUAUCCCGCCAAUCCUCCCCUUAUAGAUGGCAGUACGGAGAGCUUUGCUUCCCUGUCUUCCACCACACAACGACCGGCACCGAUCCUUGCUUUCCUUGGGACGCCUCAGGACCUUGCUCCUCGUCUUGGUCUAAAUGUCACGUCGUCAAAGAUGUCGGUAGCCUCGUUUCACUUAUUCUCAGAGCCACUAUCGGAUGAAAUGAUUGCUGUUCAUCACAAGCUCGGCCCUCGAUAUUGCGGGAAUUACCAAGACCGGCUGGGAUCGUUCCAGACCUACCGUGCUUCUGCUGAGCUCCACGUUCAGAAUGAGAUUCUCCAUCCAGGAAAAGAGGAACAGUCGGACAUUGUGUCAGCGAUCCGAAGCAAUGCUGGAGCCAUAGUCCCAGAAAACCGUGUCUUGCUAAGCUUCUCGCCAACCUCGGUCAUGGACGACGAUGACCGCAACAACGUCGAUGAGUCGCAGUUGAUUCAAUCUCUUUCACGCGAGGCGGCGUUGAACCUCCACAGACAUACCAGGAUGCACGGUACUCCAAUUAUCAUAAAUGCCGCGGUCCCGUCUAUCAACGACGCUCUCACGCAACAACGUGGGUACGGGCUACUUGCUGGGAAGCCAGUAGUAGUAGUUCCUCAAUGCCUUGACGAUGCCAUGUGGAGGGCUGGCGGCUGCGUUGCAGUUGGCUUAGGGCUUGUCCAGCUAGCACAAACCCCCGACGCUAUUUUGCGCGCCGUCAAGAUUCUCUUAGAGGCCGUGGAAGGUAAUUGGCGCAACUGUGAGGCUAUGGAGAGCAAAAAUGGUUUUGCUGUACUAGCUGAAGUUCUCCGUCAGAAAUUAGGUUACAGCUUUGGGACACGUGCUUUUGGGCACAAGACUACUGAGGUCAACAUGACAGCUGAGCAGCGCGAAGCCUUUGUCUCUCGGCUCCUACGAGUCGUUCUACGAUUUGUUGGGUACGACGAUGCUAAUCCGGCCGAGAGCCUCAUCAUCAACCCUUUAGCUUACAGGGUUCUUAUCGUGGAUCUUGACAUAUGGCGAAAGACAUCAUCUCUAGAAACCCAAAAGCAAUACUAUUCGCAGUUUGUUGUCUUCGCAAAGGGAAGCAAGCACCACCAUUACAAUGUGAAACGCUUCAUCAGAAUAAGGGUUGUGAAACGACUUAUGGAUGCGUUGAAAGGGGAGUCAUUCUCCCGCGAAGUCUUCCCACAUUUUCUCGAGGCUUUCAAGAUCCUUGUUCAAAGCAACUUGAAUGGGGAGAACUCUCGGUACUUGGCACUCUUUGUUACCUACGCACUUCACGAUAAUCGAUCGUUCUCAAAGCGUACACUCAAACCGAGAGCAAGCGCUAUGCGAUUGCGUAACAAAGUCACCCCUGUAUCAAUUACCCCUGCAUCUACACCCCGCUCUGCAAGUCCAAGCCAAGACUCACAGAUGGCGCCCGGCCUUCCACUUGCAGAGCUUGGGCGUCUAGUCCUUGAGAUGAUCGCAGAUUUACUCUGUAACAAGUCUAGCGUCACAGAUAUCCAACGAUUUGCCAAGAACGUCACUAACAAGUGGCUUCUGUAUCUCCUUGCAGAGCCCGAUUCGCGGGUUGUCGUUUUGGGGACGAAGAUACUUGCGCGACUUCUAGUCGUUACCGGCCCGGGCUAUGUCAAGAAAUUUGCGGAGAAGAGCGGCGGAUUUGCGAUCCUGAAAAACCGACUCAAAACCUGGUGGAAUACCCCUGGAAUCUGGACCAUAUGUUUUGCAAUCCUAUUUGACCGCGAUGUCGCCGCGAUCAAUUUCGAACGCAAGUUUGAUUUGUAUAAUCUUACUGACAUCUUCACUGUCCAAAAGAUCGAAGCGCCAUAUCCAGAGAUUAUUCCAGUCAUCGCUGCCAUGCUCGAGACAGGACUCAGAACUAUCGUCAAGGAGCAGUCUAUCUCGACGCCUUCCAAGCAAACUGAGGGAGCGCUUGGGGGUUCAUCAUCCCCUAACUCGACGUUCAAGCCGAGAGGUCGAAACCGUACAAUGUCUUUAAGCGCAAAACAGGAAACCAUAGAUACCCCAAGGUCUCAAACAGAGCGAGUGGCCGAUUAUGCAGAGGUGUUGGGAGUGGUCGUCCAGUUUCUCUCUGAUGUUCAUUCUCGGUCGCUGAGUUUCCGCGACUUUGCCAUACAAUCGAACUACGUCCAAGAACUCCUUUUCGUUCUGUAUCCAUUAAUAGUUACUUCAGACAAAGUCAGCGCUGAGACAGAGCUGCUUUCUAGAGGUUCUGCAUUGACAUUCGAAGGCCAAGACGUGGUUAUCCAGCCCCAUUCAAAAUCAACGAACCAGCAAGCGCCUAUCGUACGUACUACCAGCGUGGAGUCUCCUGCAAGCCCCGAGGCCCAGCGAGCUAUCCCUCUCCGCCGUGGCUCUUCUUUCAUCCUCAUUUCGGCCGAUAAAUCGAGUGUUACCAGCGGCGUUCCUGCAAUCAACCCAAUUUUAACUUCUGAAAAUGGCUCACCUGUCGUUCAGAGAGUGAGCAAUACCGUUAUCGAGGGUUUGCUCGAAGUCGUCAUAGGUGUUUUCCAGGAUCAGCUGUUUCAGCGCAAGGAUUUCCCUGGUCUUGGUCUUUUCCUCAAAACUCCGCCCGGCUUCCAGGAACAUCAGGCCUAUUUCGAAUCUUACGUCUUACGACACGCUUUAUCGGCCAUUUCGACUGACAUCCAACUGGACCAAAAGUUGCUGCAUGAGCCGAGAGUACUUGUGAACCUUUCUCGCUAUGUUACACACAUGGCAGAAGCCGUUUUCGAAGGAUGGUUUCUCAACGGUGCAGAACCGCUGCUAGAUUUUACUGGUAGUCUAUUGGAACAUCUACAACGCCCAGAAAUUGCCAAGAUAAAGAGCGUGCGACUCUGUCAUCAAGCAGUGAGCAUCAUUCGCUCUAUCUUCCUGCGAGUUGUGCUCUUGCGCCUCUCAGAGAGGGACGAGUCUGAUAACGAGAGUAAUACGGUGAACUUCAUGAAGAAGAUGAUAUAUUGGCAAACGAUCAUACUGUCUGCCGACAACAACGAUGCCAAUAUCAUGCGCCUGAUCUGUUAUCUGCUUUACAUGAAGCUGGUCUCUAAGGAUCAAGCUGUCAGGGUAGCCGCCGCAGAAUUCUGGCGUUUGCUUCUCGUACAAAAGCCUGAAGAUACAUCAGUAAUAUUUCGUCACGCCAUGACUACCGAUCAGAAGCGCCUCUCGAAAGGAUUUCUGAUGCUCACCGAAUUGGACAACGAUGCUUUCUUGGCCUGGAUAGACGGACAUCGGUCAGAGCUCAAGACAUUCUUCCUUGGAGCCAUGUCGCGGACCUGGACCGACUACGUUGCUGAACAAAACCGAAAGACGGAGGAGACCCUUAAGAAUAGGAUAUCGCGACGUAAAGACAGGCUAAAGCAAUGGCAGAACGAAGAAGCGCUCAAUGAUACUGCCUGGAGCCGCCAUGAGGUUCAGACUAAUCACUGGAGAUCCAACGUUCACGCUUCUGAACGUUUGAAGCACCAGCGCUCGCUACAAGACCAACAAGACAAUCUCUCCUUCAUUGCUUCUACAAUUCUGAAGCUGGAGAGACAGCUACAGGGCCCGUGCGGCUUGCUUGAAGACGUUGGGCAGCACAAGUGGCGAUUAGAUGAGACCGAAGGCCGUAAUCGAAUGCGUAUGAGAAUCAUGAUCGAUGAGGCCUUGCGCCAGGAUGAGUAUCAACCAAAACGGAAAGACACGGACAUGGUCGCCAAGAACAAGCUGAAAGUGGAGACCGACGUCCCCAGGAUAUCAUCUAGGGACGCUGUUGGGAUAACUCCAUCCGAGCAAUCGGCUCCAAGCAAAACUACCCUAGUAGAAUCGGGUAGAAAGAGGUCUGAUACCGACUCUUCGGGAUCAGGCCUUGAUGAGGAUUUCGAGAUGGUCGAUGACCCCAAAGAGGAUGAAGAUGGCUUCGAAGACAAGAACCGUAAAGUCAUGCGGAGCCUCCAACGCGGCGAUCAAGUCCAGCACGUAUGCAAUGUUUCCCGUAUUGUGGGUCUAGAAGCAUGUGAAGGCCUUCUCAUCCUUGGCAAGGACUGCCUAUAUCUCCUCGAUGACUUCUUCCAGCGCUCCGACGGAGAGAUCGUGAGAGUUUGGCAGGCGCCACAAGACGAGCGGGACGCUUAUGUACAGAUGACUUCAGGCCGACAAACUUCUACGCGUAGGCCACCCCCAAAAGACCACGAGGAAAGCGCAAGGUACUGGAAGUGGGGCGAAGUCAUCAGCAUAUCUAAACGUCGGUUUCUUUUCCGCGAUGCUGCUAUUGAGAUAUUCUUCGACGAUGGGCGAAGCUACCUUUUGACUGCCAUAACUCCUAGCACGCGCAACGAGCUUUACCUGAAGCUCCUCGCACGAGCCCCACACGUCAACAAGCCAGAGACUUUGGUCCACUCCGAAAAUUCUUGGAGGCUAGAGUCGCUACGAAAUCCAGAGGAGGCACCACAAACAUUUGGCUCCAAAUUCGCAAACGUCUUUGGCUCAUCUUCCUCUAAUCCCGCCACGAAGCGGUGGAUGAAAGGGGAAAUCUCAAACUUUCACUAUCUCAUGCUUGUAAAUACGCUUGCUGGAAGGACUUUUAACGACCUUACCCAGUAUCCGGUAUUCCCUUGGGUCCUUGCAGACUACACGAGCGAUGAGUUGGAUCUAACUGAUCCGCGCUCUUUCCGCGACUUCUCCAAGCCGAUGGGUGCCCAGUCAGCAUCAAGAGAGGCCGACUUUAGGGACAGAUACAAGAUAUUUGAAGACAUGGCGGACCCUAAUCAACCAUCUUUUCACUAUGGUACCCAUUACUCCUCCGCCAUGAUUGUCACUCAAUACCUCAUCCGUUUGCAGCCCUUCGUACAGUCUUACCUCCUACUACAAGGCGGUACCUUUGAUCACGCCGACAGAUUGUUCUCUGAUAUCCAUAAGACAUGGCUUUCGGCGACUAGAGAGAACAUGACGGAUGUACGAGAGCUAAUUCCAGAAUUCUUCUACCUUCCGGAAUUCUUGACUAACGUCAAUGAUUACAACUUCGGCAUCAAACAAGGGGAAACGGAGCCAAUCAACCACGUCAAACUACCACCAUGGGCGAAGGGAGAUCCACAUGUCUUCAUCGCAAAGCAUCGUGAGGCUCUUGAGAGCCCUUACGUCAGCAAAAAUUUGCACCACUGGAUCGAUCUUGUUUUUGGAUUCAAGCAGAAAGGAGAGGCCGCAGUGGAGGCGACGAACGUAUUCCACUACCUUUCUUACCACGGCGCUAGGAAUCUGGACAACAUCGAAGACCCAAUGGAACGUCUUGCCACUAUUGGUAUUAUCCACAAUUUUGGCCAGACGCCACUUCAGGUCUUUCAGCGUGCUCAUGUCCAGCAUGAGGAAUCCUCUCAGCGCUUUAAGCGCCUGGACAACAGCGCAGAGUCUCUGACCCGGUUACCUGCUACCCUCCUAGAAUCCAAUGAGCGGGUGGCUUCCCUGGUAUAUAACACAAAAUCAGACAAACUCCUCUGUUCUGCCGCAUUCCGCCAUAACAUCCCCCCAGCUUACGACCGCUACAUGGAAUGGGGCUUCACUGAUGGCAGCGUACGGUUUUACUCCAGCGAAUCCAAAAAACUCUUGGGCUUAUUCGAACAUCUACAUCAAGGACAAUUGACCACCUCUUUGUUCGUAGACGGUAGAACCUUGAUCACGGCAGGCGCGGAUUGCACUGUCGCGAUAUGGACAAUCGUCUCGGGAGCCAAGAGCAUCGAUCUACAGCCAGUAAUAUGCCUUUUUGGCCAUAGAAGGCCUGUCACCGCGCUUGCCUCUUCACGCGCCUUCUCCGUUUUUCUCUCCGCAAGCGAAGAUGGUAGGGUGUUCUUGUGGGACCUCAAUCGUUCCGAAUUCAUACGGGAGCUUGACAUGGGUUUCAAUCGGCAGUAUCUGAGUGUCCAGUGUGCCCGUAUCAACAACAUUACGGGUCACAUUAUACUUUGUUGUGGACCAAGACUAUUUUUAUUCACACUCAAUGGCAGGAUGCUACUUCGACAAGAUGUCUGCGACACUGAAGAUCUUGAAGAUGUUAUAACGAGCUCUGCAUUCUACGAGGGGGUCGGGAACGAGUGGCUAGAAAAGACUCUGCUAUUCACUGGGCAUCGGAAAGGUGUUGUCAAUAUUUGGCAGCUCGCUAUUGGUGCCUCGGGCAAAUGGACGGUAGACUUAAUCAAACGCCUCAACCAUGUUGACCCAACGCGAGAAGAUGGUGGUAAUUGUUCAGCCGCAAUUACUUGCAUCUUACCUUUGGCUCAGGUGGUCUACACUGGCGACGAUGACGGCAGAGUGGUACGCAUUCCAUCAUUCCUCUACGCCAAAAACAAACAACGUAUCGUCAUUCGAAGAUAUCAGCUGGCUGUACACGUUAUUUAUGAUCUUGAGCAAAAGCUGACUUUGACGAUAUGUGUAGUACGAAUGGGACUGCGUGCAAAGACACGGUGGCGGACCUGGUUGAAAUAUGGUGACCACGAGGCUAUGAAGUCAAGGAGACGUGUUUUGGAAAGCUGA